AUGGACUCAUCUCAAACACCAUACACGACGUGGACCGCUCGAAAUCGAACCGCCCUCGUCUGCCUCCUCGGUUACCUUGCUCUCGCCUCUUCAUUAACGGCAAAUAUUUACUUCCCCUUGUUAGAACUCUUGGCAGAGCGUUAUCGUGUCUCUACACAAGCUGUAAAUCUCACCAUAACGCUUUACAUGGUAUUCCAGGGUAUCGCUCCCUCGUUCUGGUCGCCGUUGUCAGACACAUUCGGCCGCCGCCCGGUCUACCUCGCAACCUUCAGCAUUUACACUACCGCAUCGCUCGGCCUGUCGAUCGUCGACAAAAGCUACCCUGCCCUGCUCCUGCUCCGGGCAAUGCAAAGCAUCGGCGGCUCCGCUGUCCUCUCGCUGGCGUACGCCGUGGUCGCCGAUGUCACGGUGCACUCCGAGCGGGGCCGGUUCCUGGCGCCGAUGCUGACGGCCACUAAUAUCGGCCCUUGUAUCGGACCCAUCAUUGGGGGAGGAACAGUGCUCGCGUCUGGAGAUCCACGGUGGUGCUUCAGGGCGCUGUUAAUUUUCGGGGCGUCGGCGGUGUUGCUAAUCGGGUUCGUCCAAUCUGAGACGGCACGGACGGUGGUGGGUAAUGGAGCUGUGCCGGCAAAGGGGCUCUGGAGGACGUGGCUGAGCCUCUUGUUUGCGUGGAGGGAAGAGAGAAAGGGGAACGAAACGGAGAUAUGCCCGUUGCCAGACCAUCAUCAACAAGAACGACAACAGGAACAACCUGACCUAGAGAAUCAAACCCGGGAGAAACCCCAACAGUCCACAGCCACUAGAACGGCCGAUACCGCUAGCUUUGCAACCGGCCGCGGCAAACUUAUCAUCCCCAACCCGCUGCCCUCGCUUCGGAUUGUCUUCCAUCCGGAUUCCUUCCUCGCCCUGUGGCUCGCUGGCUGUCCCUACGCACUCUGGUUCUGUGUACAAACCUCCAUUACACCCAUCUUCGGCGGUGGCAGAAACAGCAGCGAUAGCUACCAAGGGUACAGCUUCAACCCCCUCCAGGUGGGCUGCUGUUUUCUGGCAGGCGGAUUGGGAAUCAUUGCGGGUGGGUUCAUAGCAGGAUGGUUGAUGGACCGCAACUACCGGCACGUCGCACGCGAAGCGGGCCUAGCAAUCGACCGGGUGUGCGGGGACGACGUGGCGCAGUUUCCGAUUGAGCGAGCGCGCUCACGGUGGUCCGUGGCCAUCCUGUGUGUCUCGGCCUCCUUCGUCGUGGGCUACGGUUGGGUCGUCGACCGGCACGCGCACCCUGCGGUGCUCCUGUUGCUGCAAGGUGUCCUAGGGUGCAAGUGUACCUUGGUACACCAAACGUACAGUGCGCUAGUUGUGGAUGUGUUCCCCCAGGCAACAGGGACGGCGGCGGCGGCCAACAAUAUCACGAGAUGCGGGCUGGCAGCUGCUGCGGUGGCCAUGCUGGAUCCAUUGGUUCGCGCGUUAGGGUACGGGUGGGUGUUUACCUUGCUCGGCUUGUUUGAUGCUCUGAGUUGUGUUUUGGCCGUGAUUACUUUGCGGAAAUGGGGCCAUGGUUGGCGGAACAAGCGCUCAGAAAGACUGAAGGGUUAA